CCGACGUACUUUCAGGUGGGUGUUCCCACUUACUUUGGGUCUUUCAGAGAACUUGUCUUUUCGUCUUUCUGGGCUCAGUUUGUCGCCGGGCUCGUUGAGGCAGACAGGGCAUUGAUCUUGUUUCCAGUGUCUGAGACCAGGUUGGAUUACCUGCAUUCAGGGAAUGCAUUAAGUAGCUAAAAGCGGAGGCAAGUCAAGAUCCAUGGAGAACAACUUCACUUUUGAGGAGGGCAGUGACAUGUCAUAUGAAGACAAUGACUUGGCCUUCCCUUCUCCAGUAAAACUGACUUCCCACGGCCAGAGUGACAGCCUUGAUGUCGAAAGUAAUGCUGCGGAAAAGGAGGAAGAAACUGAGGCUCCUCCUGAAGCCAUUGUCAUUCCCAGUGAUUCAGAUGCUUUUCUGAAUGUCAACACCAAUGCCACCACGAGAGGGGAUGCUCAGGCAUAUGUGGAGUUAAAUGAGCUCCAGGGCAACAUCUGGCAGGAGACCAGCCGAUGGGUAGGCUAUGAAGAGAACCUUGAUCCCGCUACACAACAGUGGGGUCCUUCCCAUGUGUCCUACCUCAGCUUUAGGAGCCUCCUUCAAGUCCGGAGGUUGAUGCGCACAGGAGCCAUCAUCUUUGACAUGAAUGCCAGCAGUCUGUCCUCUGUGGCUGAGAAAAUAGUGGACGAGCUGGUGAGCAAGAAUGAGAUACGCUCCAGCGAUCGAGACGCCCUGCUGAGAGCUCUCCUUAUGAGACGCAGUCAAAAUGAUGGACCUGUGAUUACUCCAGCUGGAGAUAUUCAAAUGCAAACUUUUUCUGUUGUAAAGAAGAGAGACAGCUCUGACAACAUGGAGGCCUCAGUUGUCCUCACUGGUGUUCUGGACCUCCUGCAGAAGCCAGUGGUGGCUUUUGUCAGGCUUACUGACACUGUGGUGAUGGAAUCCGUCCUGGAGUCUUCAGUCCCCAUUCGUUUUGUGUUCAUGAUGGUCGGCCCUACCAUCAGUGACAUGAACUACACUCAAACUGGGCGUGCCAUGGGUGCUCUGAUGGCGGACUGGGUGUUCAGUCUGGAAGCUCACCUCGCCCAAACUGAGAAAGAUCUGACUGAUGCGAUUGCUGACUUCAUGGACUGCAGCAUCGUGAUCCCUCCGACUGAAAUCCAAGACAAGACAAUGCUGGAGCCAAUGAUUGACUUCCAGAGGAAGAUCCUGCGGGAAAGACUCCGGCCUACUGACACCCGCCUUGCCUUUGGAGAAAGGGCAGCAGCUUUACAAAUGAUUCCUGAAGGGCCAAAGGAGGACCCUCUGGCCCGUACAGGCUAUCCAUUUGGUGGAAUGGUGAGGGACAUCAAGCGCCGAUACCGCCACUACCUUAGCGACUACACAGAUGCUCUGAACCCUCAGGUCCUCGCCGCCAUCAUCUUCAUCUACUUCGCAGCCUUAUCACCUGCCAUCACUUUUGGGGGGCUUCUUGCGGACAAAACUGAAAAAAUGAUGGGCGUCUCAGAGCUUAUGGUCUCCACCAGCAUCCAGGGUGUUAUCUUCUGCUUCAUUGCUGCCCAACCUGUCCUCGUCAUUGGAUUUUCUGGACCCCUGCUGCUGUUUGAGGAAGCUUUUUAUGCCUUCUGCAAAUCUCAGGACAUGGAGUACAUUGUGGGUCGUAUUUGGGUGGGCAUGUGGCUGAUAGUGAUCGUGGUUGUAGUUGUUGCAGUCGAAGGGAGCUUCUUGGUCCGAUUCAUUUCACGCUUCACCCAAGAAAUCUUCUCCAUCCUCAUUUCACUCAUCUUCAUCUAUGAGACGUUUGCCAAACUCAUAAAGAUCUUUCAGACCCAUCCUUUGAUCCUGAACUAUGAACAUGUUAACGACACACUGGAAAACCCCUUCCACCCAGUCAUCCAUAAACACACAGAGGUUCAUCCAGAUGGCAAUGUGACCAUUAUAGAGAAGGAGAUGGAAAGGCCGUACCCCAACACUGCCCUGUUGUCUAUGUGCCUGAUGUUUGGAUGCUUCUCCAUUGCAUACUUCCUCCGUCAGUUCAAAAAUGGAACCUACUUCCCUGGUCCGAUUCGUCGCUUGAUUGGAGAUUUUGGGGUCCCUAUUGCCAUCUUCUUCAUGAUCGCAGUGGAUAUUAGCAUUGCGGAUGCUUAUACGCAGAAACUGGUUGUGCCAAAAGGUGUUGAAGUGACCAACCCCAAAGCCAGAGGCUGGUUUAUUAACCCAAUGGGGGAAAAACAGCCCUUCCCUAUUUGGAUGAUGGGUGCCUGCUGUGUACCUGCUCUUCUUGUCUUUAUCCUCAUCUUCAUGGAGUCCCAGAUUACUACGCUAAUUGUAAGCAAACCUGAAAGGAAAAUGGUAAAAGGCUCUGGUUUUCAUUUCGACCUGCUCCUUCUGGUCACCAUGGGCGGAAUUUCUUCCAUCUUUGGAGUCCCCUGGCUGAGUGCUGCCACCGUUCGAUCCGUCACCCAUGCCAACGCUCUAACUGUCAUGUCUAAGGGGCCAAAACCGGUGAUUGAGAAGGUGAUUGAGCAGAGGAUCAGUGGUAUAUGCGUGGCCAUCAUGGUUGGAGUUUCAAUUUUCAUGGAACCAAUCCUGAAGAUGAUUCCAAUGACAGCUUUGUUUGGUAUAUUCCUGUACAUGGGUAUCACCUCUCUAAGCGGGGUCCAGAUGUGGGACAGGAUGCUUCUGCUAAUUACACCAAAGAAAUACCAUCCAUCUGACGCCUAUGCUACCAGGGUGAAAACUCUGCGGAUGCAUCUCUUUACAUUUAUCCAGCUUGUGUGUUUGACCAUCCUUUGGCUUGUCAAGCAGAGUGCCUUCUCUUUGGCUCUGCCUUUCUUUCUCAUUCUCACCGUCCCCCUGCGGAUGUUCAUGACAGGACGACUCUUCACCCCCUUGGAGAUGAAAUGCCUGGAUGCAGAUGAUGCCAAAGUGAAAUUUGACGAGGAAGACAUGGAGGAAGGAUUGCCAUAAGCACCACUUUGAAGAAAAAUCAAUCAUUAAUUGUAAUUAUAAACUGUUGUUUUUUCUAGUUUUUAAAAUCCAGCAUUCAUGCAACAUUUCUGAUGCUAAACCAGGAUUUAUUUGACAAUAACAAAGGUUUACACAGAAAACAGUAUUUAGAUUCAAGACAUUUUUUCCCCUUCUCCCUUCUAUUACAUAUUUAACGUUUGGCUUUACUUGCUCAAGCUAACUUAUUUAAAAAUAAAGAAUUUCAGGGAGACAUUCAACAGUGCAUUUUUGUCCCACCGCCUCUGGUAUUUUUCUCAAGCAUGUAUUUCUGAAGUUUGCCUCAUUUAAUUACUCGUGUGUCACUUAUGUCAUAUUAUUUCCUGUUCCUGUUUGAAAUAUGUGAAAGAUGUGUGUUUCCAUAUUCAGAUAUUAGAGUGUACUUACUUUAAAAGUAGUUAAAUAGAUAGUCAUUUUAGUUGUAAGAUCGGGAAAGCAUUGUUGUAUAUGAUCUGAAACGCAUUUUGUGCUAUGAAAUGUGUGUGCUUAAAAACUGUACAUGGCUUUGGAUUAUUUUAUUACAAAUAAAAUCAGUCUUUAAAAAUUUUGGCUUUAUAACUGCAACUGGAAAAGACUCUACCGCCCCUGAUUAGUUAUAGCUUUUAACCUAUAAGCCUACAAAUUUCAAGAGUGUACAAAACAUACUCUUUUUAGAAAACCAUUUUCAAAAGUGUAAAAAAAAAAAGGUUUAUUUUCCCACAUUGUUGUGGGGACUAAGAAUCUGUGAACAUAUGUGGUUACUAUUUAAUAUUGUUUCUACCUGCUUACUUACAAACAUGCUAUAUAAAAACAUGUUCUAGAUAAAUUACAAAAUAAAACAGAAUGCACACAAACUUCAAAUUGUCACUUUCACAUCAUACACUUUUUAAAAUGCGGAAAAUUGUGAACUUAUCUGAAUCAAAAUGAGAAUUUAUUGUAAAGCCGAAAUUAUACAUGCUACCUUCAAGGACAUCAGGCAAUUCUCAGAUGUUCUAUAUCAGAACAUUAAAAAAUCUCUAUCCAAAGCCACAAAGGCAACAUUGAUUUAAUUUCAAAAUUACUCAGCACAAGCCACAUGUUCAUCUAUUUAUAAAUCCAAAUUAGAGAGUUGAGUCAGUUUGCGAUCGUUUCCAUCUUUUCGGAAAUGUGUACAGACUGGGAGCCUUUUAAAUAACAUGUAACACAGUUAGUAGUUUUCCCCUCCACAUAUUUUAAUAAAGAUUUUAUCACAAUGAACACAACAGUUGAAAUAUAAACAUCCCUUUUUUCCAAAAUAGAACAGUCGCUUAUUUCUGCAUUGCUAUUUUUCCUACGGCCAGUGAACCUAUCAAAGUUUAACAAGACCGAGUGCCUGAGAGUCAUUUGUUUUCGCUGAAUCGGACUGACUUGAUUGGACGGCCGGGGUUUACGCCCACAAACACACAAGGUGGAGUUGAAAA